AUGGGGGUUUCAGCCAGCAGUACCUACCGUACCAUGUGCCGUGAUUCUAGCGGUUCUAGAAGCCCUCAGACAGGUCACCCCCUCUGUAAUGUCGCGGUACUUGCUGCUGCUUCUCUAGUCGGUGAGCAAUUGCACUUUUGGACUGCCCCUGCUGAUUUCCCGACUGCCGAACCCCCACGACACAUCAGCACAUCAACGACCCCCCUUGAAAUACCACCUGCUCUUCUUCACCCCGUUUCACUUUCCAAGCCAUCUCCCAUGCCCGCCCACAGAAGCCGCUUCGAGCCCGAGUACGACGCCCAGUCUGCCGAGAGCCUACUGGUCCUGGUCCAGCACCUAGACAUCGCCUCCAGUACCAUGGCGGCCAAGGAGCCCGCCUCCACUGAGCAAGCAAAGACCCUCGUCAACGACAUUGGAGAGUACCUGAUCCAGGCUGCCCAGGCCUGGGCCCAGCUUACCGACGCUCUGGUCGAGAGCAGGCAGAUCCACCAGGCCGUGCUGGACGCCCACGAGCAGGCCAGGGCCCAGAACCACCUGUCGGAUCUGUCGACGGUGGUGUCGAUGGAUGUGGAUCUCUCCAAGCUCAGCAAAAUCCGAGACUUGACGGCCCAGUUCUCUCGAGACGUCCAUCACGUUUGGCGGAAUGGCUCCGGGCGCGGAGGAAGUUCGUGA